AUGUCUGCCCCCUACCCAGGCCGCCAAUCUCCAGAGCCAGAGACCCAAUCCGGCGCCCAACAGCGCGAUCCGCCCUCUCACGGCAAGCUAGACGGGGGCGCAUCGACCGCACCGGAAUUUUCAUACGAGAAGCCCGAUCAGAAGGCACCCGUGCUGGAUGGGAGUAACCCCAAGCACCCACUGGAAGAUAUCGAGGCGGCGAAGUUCAAAAAAUGA